GCCACUUUUCGCUCACCAAAGCCCCAACCAACCAACAAUGCAGUUCACCAGCCUCAUCUCAACUCUCACCGUCGCCCUCAUCGCAGCCGCCACACCCGGCGCUGCUCUCAACUACCGCUCGUACUCCAGCACCGUCUCCUGCUCCGGGCCCAGCUUCGGCUGUAGCGACGGCGGCGCAGUCUGCUGCGGCCCAAUGCCCGCCGGAUUCGGGUUCUCUGCGCAAUUCGACAACCUCGCCGCUGGAACCCAAGGCCAAGGCUACACCGACCAAUGCAGGGCCUUCCUCUUUGCCGUCUUCGGCCCUGGAACUAGGUGCUGGAACGGUGGAGGAGCGCGCGCCAAUUACUUGAACUGGUUCCAUAGCGCUGGCCGUGUUGCGUCGAGCGAGAGUGGCAAGGCGUGUGUUGCGCCUACUGAUUUCGAGUAUGAGGAUGGAGAGGGUGUGAAGCAUGCUAUCAAGGUCCCGGUUGGCAAUGCGAAUGCGACUGAGGUCAUCGCCGAACAUUACAGGAACAAGAACUGGGCUGCCCUCGCUGCGUAUGAAGCGCUUUAACCGGUCUCGAUUUUUGAAACAUCUUUCAAUCGGUUGUUCGUUAUGCAUUUCGCUCUGCUUUCCUCGUUUUAUGCCAUUCAGCCGCUUCUGCUGCGCUCGUAGUAGUUAGUGCAUGUAGCUCGACGCAAUCAAUUAGCCAAGAAUGCGACGAUGAGGUCAUUAUCUUACCUCAGCCAUUGUC